CACUUGUGCAGCAAGAGCUAUAGCAUCAACUCCAUCGAUCUCCACAAGGAAAAGAAGAGCUACAGCAUCAACCUGCCGGCCAUGGCCAAGGCUGCUGCUAUUCUCCUCGUCGCCGCCCUACUCGGCCUCGUGUCGGCGUCGCUCGCCGACCAGGGCACCGCCACGUACUACACCGUGUACACUCCGUCGGCGUGCUACGGGUUCCAGGACGAGGGCACGAUGAUCGCUGCGGCGAGCGACGGGCUGUGGGACGGCGGCAGGGCGUGCGGGAGGAUGUACUCGGUGUCCUGCGCCGGGGGCACCAACGCCACCCCCAACCCCUGCAAAAGCGGCAGCGUCACCGUCAAGAUCGUCGACAGGUGCCCGUCGCCGGGGUGCCGGGCCACGCUCGACCUCUCCGAGCAGGCAUUCAACGCCAUCGGCAACCUCGACGCCGGCAAGAUCCUCAUCAACUACAACCAGGUGUAGAAGAGCAGGCAAAGCGAAAACCAUCUACCAUAUCUACGAACUAUAUGAGCUUCAUGAUUAUUCAGCGAUAAGUUGUUAAAUAAGCACGUGAACGUGCCAAUGUAGAAUAAAGCACGUUGUAGUGUUCUGUAAACUACAAUGAAAAUAACAGAUAAAUAAAUUGGGCAUAUAUGCAACCCUUAAAUAAA